UAUAUAAGCAAUUAAUUAUGGAUACAAGAAACUCAACGUCUGAAAUGAUGAGUAAAUUAUACGAGCACGAAGCCGUUAAUAAGUCAAAUUAUUUAAGUUCAAAAAAUUUUAAUGAAAAAGAACAGAAGCUUGCAAGUUGCCAGGAUAAUGAUCGUGGCGAUGUUAAAGUUCAUUCUGAAUUACCUGCGAAGCCAAUUAUCUAUCAGCAUCCGGAAUCUUUAGCUGCUGGAGAAUAUCAAACACGUGUAAAUCCCACUUCAGCCUAUCAAUGCAGUCAAGAGCCUCAAACUCCAUGCGUAAAAACAGCGAAAUUAAAUAUAAUACACAGUGGAACGAUACGUCAAGUAUAA